UGGGGAUUUUAUCAGAUAGGAAAAAAAAUGGAUUUCAUUCGUAUUUAAUGUGAUUGAAAGUUUUAUUCAUUGACAAACUUAUACUGAACUCAAAACUUAAUGGGGGCAGUCGUCGCUAUUCCCCUAACCAUAACCCUUUCUUUAUUCUCAUUAAAGCCAUCAGAUGUCGUAUAUUGGAUCAAGUUCAUUGUAUCCUACCUUUGCAUUCGUAUUACCAGAUGGGUAGUAAAAGGAAGAUUGGAUCUAUAUGACCUAAGAGCUGAACAUGAUCCCGUAAAGAUAAAUUUUAUUUCACAUCCCCAAGAGGUAAUCUUAGAAUCACCUUUAGAAGAAUCUCAGUUGAGCACAGCAGCUGAUGAAGUGUUCUUUUAUGGCGUUAACUCAAAGUCUGAGCAUCUGGUAGCAAGAAUUGGAAGGGGUCUUAAUCACACAGCAGAUGCAUGGAUACAUCUCAAACUAAAAAAUGGAAAAACCUAUGAAUUCCAUAGCACUGCAGGCACACAACAGUGUUAUGACAGAAAAGUUUUCAGUUGUGAUGGAUUUCAAAUGCAUUAUCUGACACCCAUGAGAAUCUGGAGGAUUUUCUAUAAUGGCUGGAUAAAGGAGAAAAAUGAAGAAGAUUCUACAGUGAAAAUGGUGUACGUGAAAUUCGCUCUGCUAUGGCGGACGUCGUCUGUGGUAUUUGAUUUCUUGUCUGAUGCUGAAGCCGGGGCAUUAGCAAAUAGUUUGGCUAAUACAAAAUGGAACAACUUCUUACCUCCACUCGCAAAACUUUGUAAUGCACUGAACUUUUAUGCCCAAUGUGGAAUAAUUACGGGCACAAUCAAUGUAGAAGGAGAAGAAGAAAACAAUAUUUACUUAUUUGGUGAAAAAAUUCGAUACAUGGGUGGCUAUUCAAUUAUGAAAGAAACGAGUUUCAUGCAUGCAUUUGGGCAGAUAUUUAAAGAUGGAAGCUUUGUACACUUGACUCAAAUAUCAAUAGAUGGUAUCGUUGAAAACUUGCAAUUUGGUUUCGUUGCUGAACCACUUGGUACUAUCACAGCCAUUACGGACAAAACUUUAAAUUUUAAAACCUUGACUGGAAAUAAGGAAGAGGAAAAUGAAGAGAUGAAAUUUAACUGCAAAGAUUUAGAAUACAUUAUGAAAGGAGGGUUGUCUGGAAAAGAGAUGACUUUCGAGAAGAAAAUAAAUUUGGUAGGAAAUUUACAACUUCAAAACUUUAGCUUCAGCUUGAAUUCUAUGGAUGGUGCAGGAUUUUUUAUGAAAGGAGACAAUAAAGAAUGA